AGGAGUGGCUCCGCAGUUUGCCCGCAUGUCUCCAGUUUGUUUAUAACGUGAGCUGUCAGGUGGCGCCGCAUCACGUCCAGGAUCUCUGGUCUUCAGCUGAGGCGGAUUCACUCGCGGUCCAGAUCCACGUCCCGACGCAAACUCCUGCUCGAAGCCCAGAGGGUGAUGUGACCAGCUGGCCCGACCUUCUCCCACCUCACUCACACCCGUGAAGGUCAUUCAGAGAUGACAGUGAUUGUUGCUGCAGCCCCGCAGGCAGCUGAAGAAGCCACGACCAGAGGAGUCGGGUCUCUUCACAUGCUGCUGCUGCUGUGUCUCCUCCCGCUGCUGCAGCCUGCAGACUCCAGCUCCGCUCCCCAUGCCAAAGCCUGGAGCCAAACCGGGCCGCGGCUGCAGCUCUCCCGCUCAGACCUGAGGAACAGUUCAGCUGUCUUCUGGGAGGCUGGGGUCAGCGGGGGGUACCAGGCCCUGCUGCUGGACGAGGACCGAGGCUGGCUGCUGGUCGGCGGUAAAGACCACAUCUACCUGCUGAGGUCCGACAGCCUGGAUCUGCCCACGCACACGGUCCACUGGCCUGCAGCCAGAGAGCACGUGGAGCACUGCAGGCAGGCCGGGAAGAGUCUGGAGACGGAUUGUGCGAACUUUGUGCGACUGCUGCAGCCCUUCAAUAAGACCCACGUUUAUGCGUGUGGAACCGGCGCCUUCCAUCCUCAGUGCACGUAUGUGCACCUCAGCCACAGCGCAGAGGGGCCGUUGUUCCUGUUGUCACACAGAGUGGAGUCGGGCAGGGGGAAGUGUCCCUUCAGCCCCAGAGAGCCCUUCACUGCUCGACUGACUGAUGGUGAACUUUAUGCAGGAACCUCAGUAGACUUCAUGGGAGCCAACGCCGCCAUCUUCCGUACGUUGAUCCGGGGCAGCAGUCAGCAUUACAUCCGCACUGAAGCCUACGACCACAACUGGCUGAAUGAGCCGGAGUUUGUGGGCUCCUUCUCCAUCCCAGACACUCACAGCCCAGAUGACGACAAGGUCUACUUCUUCUUCAAGGAGCGAGCGGUGGAGGCCGGACAGUGGGACAAGAGGGUGUACAGCCGCGUCGCUCGGGUCUGCAAGAAUGACAUUGGAGGGAGGAGGAGUCUGAUCAACCGCUGGACCACCUUCCUCAAAGCCAGACUGGUCUGUUCUGUGCCCGGCCCCUCUGGAGUCGACACCCAGUUUGACGAGCUCGAGGACGUCUUUGUUCUGGAGACCAAGGAUCCUCAAAAUCCCACCGUCUAUGGCGUCUUCAGUACAUCCAGCUCUAUAUUUCGUGGUUCAGCGGUGUGUGUCUACUCCAUGGCGUCUAUCCGUGCUGCUUUCAACGGACCUUUUGCCCAUAAAGAAGGGCCGGACUAUCGCUGGGUGGAGUACAAGGGCCGCAUCCCUUAUCCGAGGCCUGGAACUUGUCCCAGUGAGACCUACGAUGUCCUCCACAAGUCCACCAAGGACUUCCCAGACGAGGUGGUGAGCUUCAUGCGGCAGCACCAGCUGAUGUGGGAGCCCGUCCUGCCCCUCGGCGGCAGACCGGUUUUAACCCGGGUCAACGCACCCUAUAUGUUAAAGAGAGUGGUGGUGAACAGGGUGGACGCUGAGGACGGCCCCUAUGACGUCUUACACCUGGGCACAGAUGAUGGGAAGGUGGUGAAGGCAGUGUCGGUGAUCAAGGACAACUGGGACACGGAGGAGAUCAUUCUGGAGGAGCUGACGGUCUUCCAGAGUCCCACUCCCAUCCUGAGCAUGGAGCUGUCGACCAAGAGACAACAGCUGUAUGUGUCCAGCGAGCUUGGCGUGGCCCAGCUGGGGCUCCAGAGGUGCGAGCUGUACGGGAGCGACUGCGCUGAGUGCUGCCUGGCCAGAGACCCCUACUGCUCCUGGGACGGACAGACCUGCUCCAGAUACUUCCCCACCAGCAGGAGGCGGGCGCGGAGACAGGACGUAAAGUAUGGAGACCCCUGGAGUCAGUGUCCAGUCACAGAGGACGAUUCCGACACGGUGGAGGUGAAGCUGGUGUACGGUGUGGAGGGAAACUCCACCUUCCUGGAGUGUGUCCCUCGGUCGUCACAGGCCGAGCUCAGAUGGACGGUGCAGCACACAGAGAGGCAGCAGCAAACGCUCAGGCAGAGGCAUGAAGGCAAACAGCUCCGUCAGGGCGAUGAUGACCGCUUGUUCCACAUGAAGCGGGGCUUGCUGGUUCAACACCUGGAGCUGGCUGAUGCAGGCCUCCACACGAACACUCCUACAGCCAGCCACAGCCUCCACCCAGCCCGCUACCAGCAGAACCACAGCCUUGGAAAGAUUAGCCAAGCCAAGGUGGGGGUUGCCGGGUUUCUCGGCCAGUCGGGCCCCGCUAAUCCACCUCCUCCACCGCCAGAACAUGGGAACUCUUGGCUGCCCCAGCAUCCUCAGCAGCUGUCUCUGAGGAGCUACAAAGACCUGCACAUGGUGGGGAUCAACAGUCUGAGCGUGGACGAGUACUGUGAGCAGCUGUGGUACCGUGAAAAACGGCGGCAGCAGAAACUGCGCACUCUGAAGCUGAAACAGGAGAACAGGAAAGCCCGGGUGAGGAGGAACAACCCUCCCGAGAGCCCCCUCUAG